AUGGCUGCGCAAACCUUCACCGUACGCCAAUCCGAUCCAGAAGACUGCGAAGGCCGCGCGGCCCGGCGCAUCUACCUGAGCGAUGUUACUCUCAAGAGCAUGAAAUGCCUCGCUGGCGAUCCGGUUGUCUUAUUCUCUUCUACGUCUGAAGCGAGCGCGGAUGCUCAACCGUAUGUAGUUGGAUCUGCUUGGCCUUCGCUCGAGCUCGAGGCCGAAGAGGUACAAGCGUCGACUUCUCUGUUGCUCACCGCCCGCGUACACGAUGGUACUAACGUACAUAUCCUACCACUCACGACGAGACCGGCUCUACCCUGGCUUCCUACGUCAAAAGACGUACCAUCAGCCGAAUCGCUCAAGCUCCAUGAGGUCGACGCUCAAGGCGAGGCUGUAGUCGCGAAGAAGAAUAGUAGGGCGGAUAAGGGGAAGGGGCGCGACUGGCUCACUCUGCUUGUACGCGAAAUGCUUGUCGACCUCAAGUACAUAACCCCCACCCAGCGCGUGCAAAUCGAAUACGAAGGCCGCACGCGCUAUCUCGCCGUCUCCUCCCUCUCAACGACCAAACCCGAAUCAAGCUCCACCGCCAACGCGCUCGCUCAAGCGAUGGACAACCUCACCCUCUCCUCCCUUCCCGCCCUCGCAACCAUAACCUGGGACGCCCUCAUCUCAAUCUCCGAACCUAAACCUGUGCCAACCGAACCGACCGCAGCUGGCAUAUCAUCCCUCCAAUCUUCAUCCUCCUCAAAAGCCUACACCUCCGUCGGCGGCCUCGACGCCCAAAUCGCCCAAAUCCGCGACCUCAUCGAGAUCCCUCUCACGCGCCCAGACCUGUUCGCCCAUUUCGGACUGCGACCCCCACGCGGGCUAUUACUGCACGGCCCGCCGGGCACAGGCAAGACGCAUCUCGCGCGGGCCAUCGCAUCCGCGAGCGGCGCGGCCGUGCUCGUCGUGAACGGGCCCGAGCUGAGCAGCGCGUACCACGGCGAGAGCGAGGCGGCUGUGCGCCGGGUGUUCGCCGAGGCGCGGGCGCGGGCGCCCGCGCUGAUCGUGCUGGAUGAGGUCGAUGCGCUGUGUCCGAGGCGAGAGGACGGGCCGGGCGGGGAGGUCGAGAAGAGAGUCGUUGCGACGCUUUUGACGGAGAUGGAUGGGGUUGAUGCCGGAGAGGGGGAGGGGAGGGUCGUGGUCGUUGCGACGACUAAUAGGCCGAAUGCUAUUGAUCCUGCGCUGAGGAGGCCGGGACGGUUCGAUCGGGAGCUGGAGAUUGGGGUACCGGAUGUGGAGGCGCGGGUGGCGAUUAUGAAGGUGCUACUUGCGAAGACGCCGAAUAGCGUGAACGACGAAGAGCUGCAUGCCAUCGCCGCUCGUGCACACGGAUACGUCGGCGCGGAUCUGGCCGCCGUCGUGCGCGAAGCGGGAACGCUCGCUAUCAAACGACUUUUCUCCUCGUCCGCAACCACUGCAUCCCUUGAAAACGCGGCCCUCACAUCAACCGACCUCGCAUACGCCCUUCCCUCCAUCCGCCCAUCCGCUCUCCGCGCACACGCACUGCACGCCGAGAAGACGCCACCGCGCUUCGCCGAGAUCGGCGGACAGGCUCGUACUAUCGCUGCUCUUCGCGAGUGCGUAGAAUGGCCACUCGUACACGGUGCUGCGCUCGCUCGACUAGGCGCUACCGCCCCGCGCGGGGUGCUGCUGGCCGGUCCACCCGGUGGCGGUAAAACGGUGCUCGUGCGCGCGUUGGCGGCUGAGAGCGGGGUGAACUUCGUCGCGGUUCAAGGUCCUGAACUGUUGAACAAGUACGUCGGGGAGAGCGAACGCGCUGUUCGCGAGGUCUUCCGCAAAGCAAGGGCGGCGGCGCCCUCGAUACUCUUUUUCGACGAGAUCGACGCUCUCGCUACUGCGCGAGAUGGCCAGGAGGGCUCCAACCACGCCGGCGUGCUGACGAGCUUGCUGAAUGAGAUGGACGGCGUUCAGGAGCUGGCCGGGGUCACCGUCAUCGGCGCGACGAAUAGACCAGAUGCGUUGGAUUCUGCUUUGACGCGCCCAGGCCGGUUAGACAGGAUCAUCUAUGUCGGGCUGCCGAACAAAGCAGGACGCGCCGAGGUGCUGCGUAUACGCACGCAGACCAUGUCUGUCGACCCAGCGCUUGACAUCGAUGAGCUUGCUGCUUUGACCGAUGGCUGCACCGGCGCCGAGAUAUCUUCGCUCUGUCAAGAAGCCGCGAUGCGAGCUCUUCGCGAGGACAUGCAGGCACCGUACGUGCCGCAUUCCGCGUUCGUACAAGCUGCGAAGCAGGCGUACGCGGGGAGGCAGGUUACGCCCGCUAUGUUGGAGAGAUUCGCGAAGUGGCGAGAUGCGGAGAGUAGUGAGGCGUUGUGA